AUGUGGUAUGCAAAGCUGCAAAAACACGCCAAGGGAUCACAGGAAGAAGUUCUCCGUACUCUACAAAACAACUACGAAGAAGCAGUCAAGCCUCUUGUGAAGGCCCCUCGAAACUGGCACCUCUGGUUGGAUACCUGGAAGAAAGCCAUGAACGAAGGAAUCCAGGAGGGCCUCCCAGAAGCUUUCCACCACUCAAUUUGGAUCCGCGACUUCUUUAAGGCUAUCUCGCCACAGUUCCCCGCAGCAAGCGGCUUUUCUUGGGACUACUACCUCCAAGAUCGGAAAGCCGAUACCAUCAUCACUACCCUUAAACACGCUGUCGACUACCUUACGUACCAAUUUGACUUUAAGGUCAAAGUCAUCGAAUGCGACAAUGAACUAACGAGCCAAAAGCCGGCAGUUACACAGUUCCUGCUCGGAAGAAACCUCAAAGUCGAACCCUCGGCCCCUUACACUCAAGACCAAAACGGAGGUGCCGAGCGCUCAGGGGCCUUUGCCAUGACUCCAUCAACCCAAGACAAGAGGAAUCGCCUCAAGAAACUUGACCCACGGGCUUGGAUAGGAUACCUUGUGGGAUACACGUCCUCCAACGUAUACCGAAUUUGGGUACCAUCAGAAGGCAAAGUGAUCUCUACCCGAGACGUUAUUUUUGACGAGCAACAGAUUUUCGAUGGAACACUCGAGAGCCUCGCUCAAAACGUCAAGGAAGCAGACCUCGAGGAGCUAGCUCUAGCCCUCACACACAUAAGUCUUCCAGAAGACGACGAAAUCGCCCCGAAAGCAGCCCCACAGGCGCUUGACGAGCAAAUCUUCGAAUUUGACCACGAUGACGAUGACGAGCACACAGCAGAGCCUGAGAAAGACCCGGAAGGUCAGGAAAGUCGAUACACAGAAGCCCGAUUCGAGCUGCUACCGACGCCUCCUUCAACUCCUCCGGCGGCCCUGCUUGCCGCAUCAAUACAAACAAAUCUGCCUGAAAAGCGAGUUGAUCUCAACGAGCCCCGGAAAUCAUCCAUCAGCAGGGUCAAGGAAUCCUUCCUCGCACAUUGA